AUGGCAACCUUUCGGCGUUUUCGUCCUGAUGACGUUAACAAGUUCUCAAAAUGCAACCUAGAUCCCUUGACCGAAACAUACGAGUUGGGUUUCUAUUUGCAGUACUUUGCCAAAUGGCCCGCUCUAUUCCAAGUGUGCGAAGACAAAGACGGGAAUAUUAUCGGCUACAUCAUGGGCAAGGUUGAAUCGUCACCCAAUACCUACAAGUACUCGGAGCAUUACCUCCCAUGGCACGCACAUAUCACUGCCCUGACUGUGGCACCGGAAGCUCGGAGGCUGGGAAUAGGUAAAAUAUUAACAGACCAGUUAGAAACGGCUGCAGAUGACAGUGAUGCCUGGUUUGUGGACCUGUUCGUCCGCAGGAGUAAUCACCGAGCAAUUGCCUUUUACAAAAGUUUAGGCUACAGCGUCUUCCGAGUAGUCAAAGAUUACUAUGGCGACCAUGCGACAGAUUCAACCAAGGCUGGCGAGGAUGCGUUUGACAUGCGGAAGCCUAUGAAAAGGGACAAAGAUCGCCAGCAUAUCCGAAGCGAUGGCGAGAGCCAUGAAGUAGACCCGGAAGAUGUCUGGUAG